UGCCCGCGCCGGCCCCGCCCCAGACCCCCGCCGGGGUGGCAGGGUCUGAGGAGGGUGGGGCAGCCAGCCCAGCCAUGCCCUCAGCUCAAGGAGGCCACGGGGGCCAGCCGGGGGAGCCCAUAAAGAGGGCGCCUCUGGGCCUGCACGGUCAGCAGCCCACUCCCUGGCGAGAUGGGGCCUUGCCAGGCCCUGUGGGUGGCACUCUCCUUGCUGACAGCCCUCAAGGGUCAGACCCUCAAGCCCCACAGGCCAGGAUCAACGGUCAGCACGGUCCUGUCAAGCUUCGACGGAGCCCAGUUCCAGGGGACAUGGUACGUGCUGGGCCUGGGGGGCAGCACCCUCAGGCGGGCGGACGCGGCUGUGCUGAGGCCCUUCACCGCGGCCUUCGAGAGCAGAGCGGACGGCCGCCUGGAGGCCGUGUACGCCAUGAAGCGGGGCCAGCACUGUGUCACCUGGUCCUACGUGCUGACGCCGGAGGCCCGGCCGGGCAUCUUCUCCGUGGACGGCAGUAGGGACCCCGAGCAGGUCCAGGUCUUCCACACCGACUACACCACCUUCGCGCUGAUGUUCUCCCGGCGCCAGGCGGGCAGCCGGCGCGUCCUGCGGGCCCAGCUGCUGUCCCUGCCCACGACAGUCUUGAGGUGGGAGCAGAGCAUCUGUCCGGAGCAGACACCCUGA